UAUCGAUUAUACAAUUUCAUUUUGUUGUAAUCGCAGCUAAAUUAGCAGUGCAAUACAUCAAACAUAUCAUUUCGACAUAUUUAUUUUUUCUUUGUUAAAGUAUAAAUUGGUAACUUUCUUGCAACAAUUUCAGAGUUGAUCAAAAGUUAAAUCAGAAAUGUUUCUCUUAAUAACUUUAUUGGUUAUUCUCUCAGCUUUAACAUAUUAUUAUAAAAACAGUAGAUUUAAUUAUUGGAAAAUAAGAAAUGUGCCCCACCCGCAACCCCAUUUUUUAUUUGGGAACAUAAAGAAUUCUGUGUUAAUGCGAAGAUCGGUUGGUCAGGAUUACUCAGAUCUUUACGAUAAAUUUCCAGAUUUUCCUUACGUCGGAUUUUAUAAAAUAAGAAAACCUGGGAUUUUAUUAAGAGACGCCGAAUUAAUCCAUAACAUCGCCGUUAAAGAUUUCGGGAGUUUCAACGAAAACGAUUUCAAAGUCGACGAAAAAUACGAUCCUUUAGAAGGAAGAAAUCCCGCAUUCUUAGCCGGAGAUCGAUGGAAAGUUGCGCGAAAUCAAGUCACGGUCUGUUUUACAUCCGGAAAAUUAAGAACCAUGAUUCCUCUAAUGGAAAACGUUGCGCAAAAAAUGGUCGAUUACAUCAACAAAAACAUAAAUUUGAAUAAAUCGACUAUUGAAACGAAGGAGCUUUGCACAAAAUUCACAAUCGAUAACGUUGCGAAUUGCGGGUUUGGUUUGGAUGGGAAAACAUUCGACGAUGAAAACUCGGAGUUAAGAAACGUCGCGAAAGUUUUAUGCGAACCGUCGACAAUUCACGGAAUUAAAAUGUUAUUGCUUACUUUUUUACCAUCAAUCGCCCACGUUGUUAGGGCUAAAUUUGUUCCGGAUGAAGUUGAAGAUUACAUCCGGAAGAUGGUCUCUUCCGUUUUAAGCUACCGCGAACAGAACCGAAUCGUUCGAAACGAUUUGUUAGAAAUUGUUAAUCAAAUUCGAAAAGAUAACUUCUCUUUCGAUGAUGUCGCAGCUCACGCCUUUUCAUUUUUCGAGGAUGGUUUCGAAACUUGCUCGAUUACAAUCAGUUUUGCUCUAUAUGAAUUAGCCGCUAAUCCAAGAACGCAACUUAAAGCGAGAGAAGAAAUUAAAAGUGUUCUUAAGAAAUACGACGGGGUGAUUUCUUAUGAUUCAAUUAAAGAAAUGGAAUAUCUUCAUUGCGUUAUGUGUGAAUCUUUAAGGCUACACCCCCCUGGAAUGACUUCAACAAAAAAAUGCACGACACCAUACGAAUUACCACCGAUUAAUGGCAACAAAAAAGGCUUAAUUAUCGAAGUUGGAACACCUGUUAUAAUUCCAACUUACGCAAUUCAAAGGGAACCUAAAUAUUGGAAGAAUCCCGAAAGUUUUCAACCGGAACGAUUUUUAGAUGAAAAUAAAAAUGAUAUUGUGAGUGGUACUUGGAUUCCUUUUGGAGAGGGACCGCGAGCUUGUUUGGGUCAAAGAUUUGCUAUGCUACAAGUAAAAGUAGCUUUGGCGUCUAUUCUUAAUAAUUUCGAACUGACAGUAAAUGAGAAAACGAAAGUUCCAUUGGAGUAUGAUAAAAGGUAUUUUAGGUUGGUUACAACAAGUGGAUUAUGGAUUAAUUUUAACAAAAUUAAAUAAAAAUGUAAUUAAGUUAUUUAAUAAAAAAUUGAAACGAUUAUAAUUAAA